GGGAGAGCAAGAGAGGGCGGGGSAGGAGCGUGUGAUGUAACCUCUGACUCCGGCAAAGUUGUCCGACAAUCCCGCGGUGCCUGCCGCUCCUGGCGGGAUUUUGCGGCCGCCGCUGGGACACUGAAAGAGAGGCAGGAAGGUCCAGAGGGGUGUGAAGAUCCAGCACGACUGUGGGAGACCCGGCAGGUGAUGCUCUCGCCUCCCUUGUGAGAAGAAGCUGAGCGCAGUCCGCAGUGUCCUGUUUGCCGCUCUGACCUGGGGCCAGCCCUGGACCAAGGGAUGCUCGGAGCCGAAUGCGCUGCUGCGGUGAACUUCCAAGCGCCAUUGAAAACAUCUCCCUGCUAAAGGAGAGAAGAGGAGAACGAUCAUAAUAUAUAACUUGUGAUGGCUUCAACUUGGCAGAAAACUCAGGAGUUCUACAGAUGGGUCCUUGAAAGUGGAGAUCCAAGGACAGACCCAUGGCUGCUGGUCUAUUCUCCAGUCCCUGUCACCCUUGUCUUUGUGUCCUACCUCUUGGUGGUGGCGCUGGGACCCUCCUGCAUGCAUCAGCGGAGGCCGCUGGAGCUGCGGGCUCUGCUGGUCACCUACAACCUGGCCAUGGUGGCAUUAUCCAGCUACAUGUUUUAUGAGUUUCUGGUCACUUCAGUCUUGGCCAACUACAGCUAUCUGUGCCAGCCAGUGGAUUACAGCCGGAGUGAGCUGGGAAUGAGGAUGGCAAGAGUGUGUUGGUGGUUCUUCUUCUCCAAAGUCAUCGAGCUGCUGGAUACGGUUUUCUUAAUUCUGCGCAAGAAACAAGAGCAGGUGACUUUUCUGCACGUGUACCACCACGGCUCUAUGAUCUUCAACUGGUGGUCAGGGGUCAAAUAUGUGCCUGGAGGACAAGCCUUCUUUAUUGGGAUGCUGAACUCCUUUGUCCACAUCUUCAUGUAUGGCUACUAUGCCCUGGCCAGCCUGGGACCGCGGAUGCGCCGGCACCUGUGGUGGAAGCGUUACCUGACCAUCCUGCAGCUGUGCCAAUUUGUGGCCGUUGCUGUUCAUUCUUCCUACAACCUCUUCACAGAGUGCCCGUUCCCUGAUGGCUUCAACAUUGCAGUCUUCCUCUACACCCUCAGCCUCCUGGCUCUCUUCCUACACUUCUACUAUCAGACCUACCUUAGGGGAAAGCGGGACAAGCUGACCUAAAGGAAAUCAAAGAGGACAGCGAGCACAGUCUGAUGAAUGUGCACRUUCUCUGCUGCUUGUGGCAUGGUUUCAUGCAGAAAAUGUGUUUGGUGGGUGCGUGUGAGGCUCAUGUCUUGCCUUCAAAUAUCCCAGGUUAGGGAGAAAAAAGGACUGAUGUWAACUCAGGGACUGAGGAACUGAGGAGCACACUUAAUUAAGCUAAGGCCAAGCUAAACCAAGUGGUCACCAGCAUAGCAGGCUUUGGGACAUUUGUGUGAGAAGGUCGUUUUCCCUUCCAUCUUUUAGCUCAGUGUCCAAGGUCUCUCAGCCAACUACAAUUCCUUGCCUCUGUUCUUAGCUUAUAGAGAGUUUCUUUGCAUCCACAGAGCUAUCUYAGCUAGGUGUUGUAGAUCAGACAGCCUGGAAAUGCCCAGGUAGCAGCAGCAGCCAGGAAUCCACGAGGACUGCAGGRUGCACUCCCCUGGACACUGCAUCCCACCCUGUCCUGCUAAGGAAGCUCCUGCUAGAACUGGGAGGUCCCUGAUGGUUUAACUUUGUAYCAAUGUAGGCAGGAAGAAAAUUGGACAUCAGGUUAUCCGGCUGGACAGAUGUCUUCACUGUCCUGAAGGUAAAAAAGGCAUUAUUAGCACUUCCAUUCCAAUAAGAAACUAGUGCAGUAAGAAUCACCAUGUCCCAUUUUCUGGAAUGCUUUUUUAUUUGCCUUUGGUUGCUCUCAUGACAAUAGAGGAUUUUACUGUAWGAAGAUACUUGUUAUUGCUCCUUAYAAAUGCCAUAAUUGAACUAGAAAGAAUAGAUKGAUGUUCCUUAUUCAUAACUCUUUUCCUCCAAUUUGAUAUUAUUUUUAAUACUGCUGUUUUUAAGCAUAAAGAGUUAACAAUACCAUAAACAACUACCUCCACUACCUAAUAGUAUAAGAAUUAAUGCAAAAGAUAUCAAAUUAUUUCAUUGGGUAGUCCAAAGCUGCAUAGCCUCACUGAUUUUAAUACAUCACUAAUUUGCUUCCUUUUUGCUCUUAAAUCAAUUAUAACUACAAUUUGGCACUUAUAUUCAUCUGCAGACUGUUAAAUACUGUUGAAGUUUUGAUGUGGUAGUGCUUUGAAAAUCCUAAUUAAACUACAAAGUGGUAAUUAUUGAUUGAAUUCUGCUCAGUUGAUUAAACCAGGUAUUACAGAGUAGUGGUAUUUUGUGAAACACRACUGUGUUGAAGGAGCGGGUUAGAACUAGUGAUGUGGUGCAUUGCCAUUGCCAAGCCAAAUCCACCUCUGAUGUAAAGAAGUCCAACUGCACUGAGAAUGUCCAGAGGACUAGAGCUUGCCUGAACCAGGCAAAUGGAUGUGCCUCAAAAAGCCCUGUAUGCCCUAYACCGAUCUAGAGUUGAAU